CAAAAUAUAAAUAGUUGAUUUAGUUCUAUUCAUGUAUUAGAUAUUCAAUUAUACUGGGAUUAGUGAACAGAAGAUUUACUUACGUCAACUAUAUUAACAAAAAAUGUACAUAAAGUGUUCAAUUAUCAAUGAAUUUAUUAAAUGUCAAUCAAGAUUACAAUUUAAAGGAGCAUUCAUAUUGAUAAUUGUUGGUUUCAUUUUGGGAUUGAUUAUAUUCAUGAUUAGAAAAUUACAUCGUCCAACAUUGAUCGACACUAUCAUCGCUGGUAUAACAGCAAAUCUAUUAUCAUUUGGUGUUACUUUAUUUUGUGGCUUUUUUGAAUUUAAAUACGUUGUAAUGGAUGCAAUUGUGGCAUUUGUAUUGGGUAUAAUUACUAUCUUAUUCAGUAUGAGAAUAACAUCAUUUCAAAAAAGAUGGAAGAUGAUCUUAUUUAUCAUAAUAUGUGGAUUACUAGUUAUAGGAUUUCUUUCUAUUGUAUUAUCUUAUUUCUAUUGUAUUUUUGAAAUUGUAUACCAUAUAUGUGGGAUUGGUUUAAUUCUACUUGCAAUUGUUUUCACUCCAUAUUAUUUCAAUUCAAAUAAUGAAUCAACAGAAUAUUCACCUUAUUUAAUUGGUUUUAUAAAUGUAUUUGAAAUUAUCACAUUAUAUUUUUUUGUAUUAAUCACAUCAUUGGAUAUUGAACAAAUCAAAUUGAAAUGUGAUUAUGACGGGAAUUAAUGAUGAAGGGAAUGAAGAUGAUGAUGAGGAUGAUGAUGAUGAUGAUGAUGAUGAUGAUUGGGCUGAAAUACAAAAAUGUGUGAUUUCAUUUCUAUUAUACAUUUGCAAUAAUUGUAAUAUGAUUACGUCAUACUAUUAGGGUGUAUUUUGAUGUACUUUAUUGUGUACUUUAUUGAUCUUUUAUGUAAACUAUUUGUUUGUUUUUUCUUGGUAUACAUGAAUUCAUUAGUCUUGA